AUGCUUCCUUUGCUGUCUAUGUAUGUGGGAGCACUGCUGUCCUCAGAUGCGUCUCCAGCCUGUUCACAUCCACUUUGCAAGGACAGAUUAGUGGCUGCACCUGUCUCACCAGCAACCAGAGCAACAGCAGCAGAAAGCGGAGGUGUUAAAGAGCGCUUGGUUCAGCUGCAGCGCUGCGUGCGUUCUCUCCAGGAAUCAGAGGCUGCCUGGAGCCAUGGGGGCCAGCAGAGCAGCUCUCUAGGGGCCAUCCUGGCAUUAAUGGCAGCUGUGCUGACGGAGUGUGACCUCCACUGCCACGACCAAAAGCUUGGAACGAUGGCCAAGCACUUAGAGAGUGUUGCAGUGGGAAGAGAAGGUGAAAGAGAGCUGCUGCUUUUCCUCAAGAGCAUCACCCAAUAUCCACCCACAGUUUCCCCCACGGAGAGGUUCCAUCCUCAGGACUGUGCAGAGAUUUACAGGCUUGGGAUCAAAGAGAACGGGAUUUAUACAAUCCAACCUGAUCUCUAUGGGCCGGCACUAGAGGCUAAAUGUGACAUGGAGACAGCCGGUGGUGGCUGGACGGUAAUCCAGAAUCGGCAGGAUGGCUCAGUGGACUUCAACAAGACGUGGCAGGAAUAUCGGGAAGGCUUCGGGAACCUGCAAGGAGAGCACUGGCUUGGGAAUGCGGCACUUCACGCCCUCACCUCCACUGGACAACACCAGCUCCGCAUUGAGCUGGAGGACUGGUACCAACAGAAACGCCAGGCUACUUACGACAACUUCAAAGUGGCCUCGGAGGCACAAAGGUAUCGCCUGACAGCGCGAGAGUAUUCUGGUGAUGCUGGCAAUGCUUUGAGCUACAGUAAGCGAUACAACCACGAUGGCAGACCUUUUAGCACGGCAGACAGAGACAAUGACCGGUACGUCACUGGAAACUGUGGUCAGUACUACGGUGCUGGCUGGUGGUUUGAUGCAUGCCUCGCAUCUAACCUGAAUGGACGGUAUUACCGUGGGCGUUACACCGGCGUGACCAACGGGAUCUACUGGGGCACAUGGUACAUUCUGACAGAUGGACGAACUGGAGAGCGCUACUCCUUCAAGAGGGUGGAGAUGAAGACAAGACCACGCAGUUUAGUGGGAACAAACUGA